UCGACACACAUCGAGCGCAGCUCGAGGAAACUUUCUGAAGUUGUCCUCCACUCCUCGAGCGUUCUCUGUAUGCCAGUGUCGAGCUUAAUUCCAAGUUGACUCCACGGCGACUUGAGAAUACGAUGUCGAACUUCUCCUCAGGGUAACGAGCAGCAAUCGCGAGAACUUCUUCCCGUAUCGCUUCGCGGUAAACUUCAACAUUUUCCAGCAUGGACCUGGCUGUGGUGGGAGCCCCAGCCUCCGGCGAAACGCACAUGCAGAAUGUGGAGCGUCAAAUUCGAGCUCUGAUCCGGGAGCAUCACAGGCUCAUGUCCACAGUGGAACAGCUCAGCUCCUCAGCCGCGGAAGCCAAGCUUUCGGCUGCUACCAGAAUCCAACAAGAGAUAAUUAAUAUGGCAUACGAAUUCAGAGAGGCAAAUUUGGCGAGCCGUUGUGGCUCAAUCUCUGCGGUACAUAUCAAUACGACGGGUGCUGUUAUGCCAAAGCCUAUAGCUCAAAUGAACAAUGCUCAACCUGCGACAAUAUCCGAGAAGGUCGCCUUAGAUGGCGCCUCAGCCUUUUCGAUCAACAACAACAACAACAAUCACAGCAUUAGCGACAAUAAUAAUUAUAAGACGGACCCAGAUGCAUCCUUCGACUAUGUCGUCAAGGCACCGAAGAAAGUUCCCCUCCCCAUAGUGGCGCCGAACUUGGUCUUUCACAAUCCCGCAGGAACUUCGCCUGGUGUCAAGUUUGGUGCGCCACCUUCGGCGGUCUUCAUCAUAAAAGUUCCUCCUAAUCAGACAGGCCCUCUGAACAUCGUCACGUUGCAACAAAAUGGAAUCACGAAUGGAGCCAGCAUCACCGCUCCCGUCAACGGUCUCCAGGUCAACGGCGUCGUAGUGAAGGCGGUCGCACCAGGCAGCAAGGGCAACUUCCUGCCGAAGCCCGUCAUAAUCGAUGAUUCGAAGGUGACUUCUGCACCGAGCCCAUUGAUAACUCACAAGCUCGCUGUUCAAGCAACGAAGAAUAUCGAGACCAGACUCCAAAAAGUGCCCGAAGAACGAAAUACGCUGCCGCCAUUCGAGUUCGAGGAGAACGAGGAAGAUAAAGUUUGCAAGGGAGUGAAGAAACAGGCGUGGUUUCUCGGUCAUCUGAGCCUUUGCACUCCAGAAAGGUUCCGAGAGUUGUCAGAGCGUCGGACCGAGAGACGUCGACGCAAAACAGCCAAUCCACACUUCUCGUCUGCGGCCGUUGAAGAGCGCAGGAGGCAGGAAACCGAACGGAAAAGGAAGAAAACGACUUCUUCAGAUGGAAAGAACAAGGCCGAGCUCAAGGAGGAACUCCAACUACAGGCUGAGAAGCUCCGUACAGAAAAAGCCGAAUUACUCAAGAAGCAUGAAGAGGCGAGGCAACGUCUCACGGAGGAGCGCCUGCGUACCCGAAUGCUAGUCGAUCAGCAGAGAACCGUGGAGCAAAUGCUAGAGAGACUCCGGAAAUUCAUGUCGAUCGUGGCGGAGAACAGACCGCCAUUGUGCGCGUGAAUGCAGAAAAAGCUCCCCGAAGAUCUGUCUCUGGUGCCGAUCUUUUCGGAAACACAGAUCGAGCCGACCUCGUUUCGCGCACUGACUGCGUGGAGAAUCAUGUAUAGGGAACAUCUCAUUCUGUCACGUUAUCUUCGGAGAAUGCUCCUCUCAUCGAGACCGAUAUACUUCUCGUGUAUGGUAUAGAUACAGGAUAUCUUCU